AUGAACAACAACAAGCGCGGCGUGCUUGCUCGUUUGAAAACCCUGAUCAACUCACAGAGCUUCCACUCUAGUUUGCCCAAAGGAAGAGGACAAGAUAAAGUGUCUCCAGAAAUAGACCCCGAUUACUUGGCUUGCCGAGGCCGCAUUGACAUAACACAAUGGAAGACUUUGGACGCAAGGAAGCUUGGCAUAACUAGAUCUAUGAUUUCACAGCCCUCUUGGUUUGUCCUUAACCUGCUUCGGAGAAAAGGAUUUGAGUCCUACUUAGUAGGAGGGUGUGUGAGAGAUCUACUACUAAAUAGAACUCCAAAAGAUUUUGAUGUGAUCACCACAGCAAAGCUUAUGGAGGUGAGAAAGCAUUUUCGUCGUUCAGCUCGUGCUGAAGUUGUUGGACGGCGUUUUCCAGUAUGCCUGGUUCAUAUAAAAGGUUCUGUAGUAGAGGUAACCAGUUUUGAGACAGUGGCACAAACUUCCAAAGGGAAGGAGCGAUCUUUAUAUUUUCAGCUGCCCAAAUGCAGUAAUAGAGAAGACUUAAUUCGCUGUAAAAACUCCUUGCACAGGGACUUCACAAUUAAUAGUUUAUUUUAUGAUCCUUUUGACAAUAAAAUCUACGAUUAUGCCAAUGGAAUGGCCGAUUUGAGGUCCUUUAAGCUAGAAACUGUGAUCCCUGCUCAGCUGUCCUUUAAAGAGGAUCCUGGGAGAAUUUUGCGCGGCUUUAGAAUUGCAGCUCGUCUAGGUUUAUCAUUAUCAAAGGAGACUGAGGCUGCAAUCUGGACAUAUUCAUCACUAGUUAAAAGCUUGGACAAGAAUAAAAUAAUGAUUGAAUUGAACUAUAUGCUAUCUUAUGGAGCUGCUGAGCCAUCUCUGCGCUUGCUCUGGAAAUUCAACCUGCUUGAAUUUUUACUUCCUGUGCAUGCAGCAUAUCUUGACGAACAGACAAGUAAAGAAGAUGCUCAGGCUUCCAACAUGUUAAUGAAAUUAUUCUUCCAUCUGGAUAAUGUGGUUGCUUGUGAUCGACCUUCUGAUUGCACUCUCUGGAUUGGAUUGCUAGCCUUUCACCUGGCAUUAGUAAAUAACCCUCAAGAUGCUCUUGUGGUGUGGGCGCUUGCUUCUGUUCUCUAUCAUGGGGAGUGGGAAGAAGGUGUUAAAUUUGCUAAAGAACGUGAAAAAUUGUGUGUUAAUUUUGCACCUGAAAUAAGGAGGUCCAAUGUAUACAAAUCAGAUGAAGAAAUUGCAAAAGCAGUCGCUAAAUUGGCAUCUUUGGUGAUGGACUCCUUACGUGCUCUGGUUGAGAAUAAUAGUCUUCUUCAAUCCAUGUCUAGAUACCCUUCUUUUCCACGGUCUGGCAUGGUAUUUGUACCAAGGAAAACAGGGAAACUUGUUUCUGCAAUUUUUGAAGCGCUGGUCAAUGAUGUUGAGUUUUAUAGGAGUGAAAGAAAAAGUUCAGAAAUAAAUUAUGAGAUGCUUGGCAGGGGCCAUCUUUCAGAGACUGGAUUUGUUUUUGGCAAAAUUGUUCUUGAAACUAUGAGCAGUGGAAUUGUUGGGGACGGGGAGGAUUUUGAGGCUGAAAAACUUCAUCUUAAGACUGAGGGCACCAAGGAAAUUGGCCAAUUGCAACUUUCGAAUCGAGUAAAUUAUCAAUUGGUGGCAAGGAAAGAUAAAAGACAAGUUUUAUCAAAACCAAUUCCAGAACGUAUGCAAAGAAAAAUCAAGAAACAUAAAUUGGCUGAGAAUGGAUGCAUUGCUGAGCAGAAAAUGGGUUCGGCAAACCAUGUGGUGUUUGAGAAAUUUGAGAACAAGGAAACCAAUGAACAGAACCAGAAGCUAGUUAAGUUAUACCAGAAGGUUGAUCUAUCCAUGACGAGAGAGACUACGCCAAAAAAGGAAAGUAGUCACAAAAAACAGCUGAUAAAUGAUAGGAAGAAAAGUGCCAGUGCCAGCAAAAGUUCUUUAGACCAAACUAUGCACUUGAAGAUGGAUGAUCACAACACGUGUACAUUAUCACAAUCUGAAGUGUCUACGAAUCAUCAGGUGAUAGCCAACAACUGUAACAUAAACGUUGAUGCAGAAACAACAAAUGAGCCAGACUUAAAGAAGAAAAAAUUGCACUUAUCACUACAUGAAGUCUUCAACGAGAAAGAAAGACAGCAACCACAUAAAAGUAAGCAAAGUCUGCCUCCACUCUCCAGUCUCUUCAAGUAAUGAAUAACAAUUUUUGGUAGCAGAAGGUAUUUUAUUUCCUCCAGUAUAGUUUAGAGACAAAACUUAUCUAGUCUUCCUUCAUUGCAUAGGAAGCAGAUGAAACAGAAUUGAGCCUCUUACUCCCUUUUGUCCUUAAAAACUUUAGAUGGCUUAAAACUAGGCAUUCAGCUCCUCUAGAUUGUUCUUAUGCUUAUAUUUCAUAAGGCUCUCCUGGGUGUGUAUCUUGCUGCCAUUAGGAGAUACCCCUUCCCUUCACCUUUUAUUGUAACGAAGAACAAGGGAAGAGUGUUGUUUUAGGUUCUCUGUAAACUGCAACUUAAUACAGUGUAGUUGGACAAAGAAACGAUAUUAU